AACACUAGGCUGGUGUCUGGAAUUUUUCUGUGGCAUGCAAGUAUUCUUUAAGCAAAUGUACAUAUCUGUGAUAUUCGUUAAAUCAUUCUAUUAAUAUUAUUAUGAUUUUCAGUUUUACCAGAUUUUCCCGGUUUAAAAAAAGAGAACGAGUUACGCUGCCUGUUCUCUGAGUUCGCACAAUUUUACCCAUAAAUGUCUUUGUUAUCAAACGAUGUUUUAAUUACAAGUGGAUUAAAUUGAAUCUCAAUAAGGAAACAGGUAACCAAUCAGUAAAACCCCCUAAAACUCUCUCUCUCUCUCUCUGGACGCUAUAAGAACCUUCCCCAUCCCCUGUGAUCUAUGCACGACCUACGAACUAUCACAAAAAAAAUCUUCAUACGUCACUGAAGGUGGUUCAUAAUAUGUGCCAAUACCUAUAAAGCCCGAGCGAGAGAGAUGCAUUGAAGACACACAGCACAACCCAGAGAGACAGACUCUGGAAGAUUCAAGAGCUCACUGCAUGUCAUCGGUAUGGUUUUACACUUGUGCUUAGAUAUCCAAGGAGCGCGUAAAGGGUCCCUUUAUUGUAUUGCGCAACUUUUGGAGGCGCUCCAUCAAGAAACCAUCACGGAAAAAAACAGGAACGUGGAUUUCCCCCUUCGUUUUGGCAUUGAUCUUCGUUAAAGAUGUUCGGGCACGAUUUUUGCCUUGUGUCUACGGUGCUGACGGUUCUGGGUGCCGUCCUACCCACGCUGCUGUUGCUGGUGGUGUCGCGGCUGCUGUGGGAGUUCAGGUGGAGCAUCCAUCGGGAUCGGGCAUGUAAACUUCCACUGCCGCAGGGCUCCAUGGGAUGGCCGCUGGUCGGAGAAUCUUUCCACUGGCUUUUCCAGGGGUCCAGUUUUCAUAUCUCCAGACGUGAGAAACAUGGAAAUGUCUUUAAAACUCAUCUUUUGGGAAAACCUGUUAUCCGGGUGACCGGGGCAGAAAACAUUCGUAAGAUUCUGUUGGGUGAGCACACGCUCGUGUGCACGCAGUGGCCUCAGAGCACGCGCAUCAUCCUCGGGCCACACACUCUGGUAAACUCGGUUGGAGACUUACACAAGAGAAAAAGAAAAAUCCUUGCAAAAGUGUUUAGCCGCGGAGCGCUCGAGACGUAUCUGACGCGGCUUCAAGAUGUUGUAAAGUCUGAAAUUGCUAAGUGGUGCGCUGAAACCGACUCUGUGGAUGUUUAUGCCGCUUCCAAGUUGCUCACCUUCCGCAUCGCAGUGCGGGUCCUGCUCGGCCUGCGCCUGGAUGAGCAGCGCAUUCUCUCUCUCUCGAAAACCUUCGAACAACUCAUGAACAACCUCUUCUCUCUGCCUAUUGACAACCCCGUAAGCGGCCUGCGCAAGGGAAUCAGGGCCCGUGAGAUCCUACAUUCUGCUAUGGAGAAGAUCAUAGAGGAGAAACUGCAAAAGCAGCAAGCCAGCGAUUACUGUGAUGCUUUCGACUAUAUCCUAAGUAGUGCACGAGAGAACGACUACGAUUUCACAAUGCAAGAACUUAAGGAAACAGCGGUGGAGUUAAUCUUCGCUGCGCACUCCACCACAGCCAGCGCAUCAACAUCCCUCAUCCUGCAGCUGUUGCGCCAUCCUGAAGUGAGCGAGCGCGCCAGAGUCGAGCUGGAGAGCGAGGGCUUGGUCGGUGAAUCCCACAGCCACUGCCGCUCUCGUUGCUAUGGGAAUGCCAUCAAUGAGGAAAGCGAUGCUGCUGAGAGGAAAUCAACGAUGAAUAAAACAACGUGCUGUGAAACUGCCGAAAAGGAAGAGGGGCGUCGCUCUCGAGUUCACGUACCUUAUCUAAGUUUGGAGAAACUGAGUAAGCUUUCUUACCUGGACUGUGUGGUCAAAGAGGUCAUCCGGUUUCUUCCCCCGGUGUCUGGAGGAUACAGGACGGUGCUCCAAACAUUUGAAUUGAAUGGUUAUCAGAUCCCGAAAGGGUGGAGCGUCAUGUACAGUAUCCGUGACACGCACGAGACCGCCGAAGCCUAUCAGAACCCGGAGCUGUUUGACCCGGAUCGCUUCGGUGCGGAUCGGGAUGAGAUCAAAAACGAGCGUUUCAGUUACGUGCCUUUCGGGGGCGGAGUGAGGAGCUGCAUCGGGCGGGAACUCGCUUUGAUUGUGUUGAAAACUCUGGCAGUGGAGUUGCUCGUCACGGCGGAGUGGAGUCUGGCGACAAAGACAUAUCCCAGAAUGCAGACCGUGCCGGUCGUGCACCCGGUCAAUGGACUGCACGUGUUUUUUAACAACAGAAAUCACAGCGUCGAGAGAAAUAGGAGGGAAUCCACUCAUAUAUAAGCAAAAUCUAUAAUUAGACUCUGUACUGUUUCAUGCUCGAUAAAGAAAAACACGUGCUAAUCCAAUAGAAUGGAGUGGAGUAAAAUGACGGACAUUGACAUAACAGUCAUUAGAUAACAGGCCCUACUGGGAAUCAUGAACUCCUGUCUUGAGGCAUUUGCCAUGUUUAGUGAAAGUUUGGAGAGGGGUAAAUAUGCAUGAAAGUUACUUUAGAAUGGUUGCAAAAUGUAUACAAACACGAGCCAUGUUGACGAGGGCAUCACAUCAUAUAGAUUUUGAUAGGAUGUUUUUUUUUAAUACAUUUUAUUCUGUUAUCUCAGACUUAUGAUAUAUAAACCUGUUUUGUGAAAUGAAGUAGAAACAUGAAUAAGCUCUAUCUAUUUAUAAAUAUUGUUAUUUUUUUCUCAUAAUAGCUACUAAAUAUGAAACAAAUAUGCCACUUUUCUUUAGUUUAUAUGCCACUACUAUUGCAGUUGUAGUUUUAGCUAGCUGUUCAUACUGUCUUUGGCUUUUGUACUCUAGUACUUACAGAAGAUAUUGAUUUAAUAAAUAGGCUACUAAUGGAUAGUUUGUGUUUAUGAUGAAUGUAAACUGUGAAAAAUGACCCUUGCGCUGUGAAAUGGGGGAUUGGUUUAAAUACAGGGAAGGAGAAAACAAGCAGCACUUUUUCUCCAAAAUAGGAGCAUGUGUGUGUUCUUGUCUUGUCAAUACUUGUGUGUAAUUUGAAGUUUCUGUUCUCAUGCUUGUCUUGAGGAGUAGAUGCUAAGUAUUUGUGUUCAUUUAAUAUCUUCUACUAUAUCUAUUUUAAAAUGUGCAUUUGUAGUUCUGUUAAUGUUUAAGAUAUCUGUUAAAUAAAGAUAUUUGAUGU